AGAAGUUUGUUUACAAAAAUUCUGUGUGACCGGUAAAGUGUCGUUUGUUUCGGUGUUUUUAAGUACUUAAUAAACAUGAUUGGAUAUGAGCCAUCAAAAUCACUUCCCACACCGACAACAUUCGAAUUUCCUUUUCCCCCGUACCAAAUUCAGCAAGAUUUCAUGACCAAUUUGUACUCGGUUCUUGAAAACAAGCAGAUCGGAAUAUUUGAAAGUCCAACAGGAACUGGAAAAUCAUUAAGUUUAACUUGUGGUGCAUUGAAAUGGUUGUGUGAUCAUGAGCAACUGGUGAAUCAGCAAUUGUCCGAAGAUAUCGACCGAUUGACGGAGAAAAUUCGCGAAGAGGAGAAAAGCAACGAAGUCAAUUGGCUGGACAGUCAACAUGAAGUGAUUUUGAAAAAAGAAUCUCUGGUGAAUUUGCGGAAAAUAUUGGAACGAUUAACGGUGCAUGAGAAGGAAAUGGUUGCGAUUAGGGAUCGUAGGGCGAAGAAGAGCAAAGUCAAAUACAAAAACGCGAAGCCUAAUGAAUCAACUAAAGCUGAAGAUGAUGGUGGAGAAAAGGAUGAGGCGGAUGAGUUUCUUAUCGAAAACUAUGAUGACAGAGGGGAAGAAGAGGAUGACGAAACAGACGAAAAGAAAUAUCCAGGAGUUCAGAUUUUCUUCUGCAGCCGAACUCACUCACAACUGACCCAAGUCGUAAAUGCAAUAAAGUCAACCGUUUACGGCAAAUCGAUCCGGGUCGUGUCAUUGGCCUCUCGCCAAAACUAUUGCAUCAACGAUUCCGUUAGGAAAUUGAAUUCCAACAGUCUGAUAAACGACCGAUGUCUGGAACUACAAAAGCAAACCACUUCACAACCCACUCAAAUAUCCGAUGGAAGGGCAACGAAGAAAAAGAAAACUGAGCCGGCCCGUUGUGGUUUCUAUUCGAGACAGACAAUUGAAAAUCUGCGCGAUGAAUCGCUUGCUGACAUUAUGGACAUUGAGGAUUUGGUGAAAGAAUCGAAGUUAGAAAAGGGAUGUCCGUAUUACUCGUCCCGAUUGGCUGCCAAGGAUGCGCAUGUGGUGAUGAUACCGUACCAAAUGCUGCUGCAUAAACGAACCCGUCAGCAAAGCGGAUUGAAUUUAACCAACAGCAUCGUGAUAAUUGAUGAAGCUCACAAUUUGGUGGACAGUUUAACGUCCGUGUACAGUGCCGAACUGACAUUGGUCCAAUUGCAAGCAGCUCGCGAUCAAUUGAACGCUUACAAAACGAAAUAUUCACUUCGAUUCAGUGCGAAAAAUUUGCUCAAAAUCAACCAAUUGAUUUUCGUAACGAAACAAUUAGUCAAGCUCUUAAGUAGCGACACAGCCAAGUCGUCUACACGUAUGGUAUCCGGCUACGAUUUAAUGGUUGAGGCAGAUUUCUUCAACAUCAAAGUCAACGACAUCCUGGACUUUUGCGAAAAGACCCGACUAUCACAAAAGGUUCAAGGAUUUUCACAGAAAUUCGGCACAAAUAUCGUUCCGACUGUGGUGCCCACGCCGAAAACUGACGCCAAGUCAUUUUUGAAGCAAUUGGCCGACAAAAAAUUGAACAAAACCCAACCUAAAGUCGAUGAUAAGACGUCCGAGAUCACCGCAGAAUUGCCCAAAAUUGGCGAUCCAAUACUGUCAUCAUCCUUGCGUUUGUUGUUGAAGUUUCUGGAGUGCCUUGUGGAGAACAUUGACGAUGGACGAGUUUUGUUGUCGUACAACACCAAUGCCAAUGCGAAAACUAAAUCUUCCAUGAAAUAUGUGCUGCUGAAUCCGAGUGGUCAUUUCAACGACAUUUUGAAAGAAUGUCGAUCGGUCAUUGUUGCCGGUGGUACCAUGCAACCCAUAAGUGAAUUCAAAAAUCAAUUGUUUGCAUCUCACAGUGACAGAGUUAGAGAUUUUUCGUUUAGUCAUGUCGUUCCAAAGGAAAACGUUCUGCCAUUGGUUGUGUCGUCGGGUCCGAGCAACACUAAAUUCUCUUUCAAUUUUGCCAACCGAUUGAACAAGGAAAUGCUGAAAGAUCUCUCAUCGACGCUACGAAAUGUGUGCAACGUUGUUCCCGGUGGUGUUGUAUGUUUUUUCAGCUCCUACGAUUACCUGGAAACAUUUUACUCAUUCCUGGAGGAGGUUAAAGGCCUGGACGACAUUAAGAAGAAGAAACAGAUAUUCAAAGAGCCUCGUCUCAGUGGUCAGGUCGAAAAAAUGUUGAGCGACUAUGCAGCAGCGACCAGAAAUAAAUCGAGCAGCGGUGCCAUUCUGUUUAGUGUAGUCGGUGGUAAGCUGAGCGAAGGUAUGAAUUUUUCGGAUGACCUAGCACGAUGUGUUAUUGUCAUUGGCAUGCCGUAUCCGAACAAAAACAGUCCGGAACUGGUGGAGAAAAUGGCGUAUUUGGAUCGCAAAUUUGGUAGUGGCAGCGGAGCCGAAUAUUACGAGAACAUUUGCUUGAAAUCGGUCAAUCAGUGCAUUGGUCGAGCGGUUCGACAUAUUAACGAUUAUGCAUCGGUGCUGUUGGUCGACGAAAGAUAUUCACAACGGAAAAUUAUCGAAAAACUUCCGACAUGGAUCUCAAACUCGCUGCAGUGUGCUGGGGGAUUCGGUGCGGUUCAAUCGUCUUUGGUUAAAUUUUUUAAGAGCAAGCGAACGUAAGUUUUGUGCCGGAAAAAUGUUAACUGUUUGUACAUGUUGAUCAUAUUGGGAUGUGAUGUGAAUAAAGCCUGGUUGAUCUUUUAAAAUAA